UUAAAAUGAGCAUUUAUGCUAAUAAACCUAAACAUUCUAAGACUAUAUAUAUCCAAUGUAACAAUUUGCAGUAAAGGAAAUGUGCAAUGAAUCACUUCAAAUCAAAUGUUAUGAAGGCCAGCUGAUCAUGAAGACAGCGAAUGACCAAGGGGCAUAUUAGAUGUUUUCUCUGCCUGCUCUCUAUCUAUGUAUCGACUAUUUUAUGAUUAAACAUAACUAGAGGACAUUAUGAUUGGACUGCUGGAUAGAUGCAUUGAUUUAAAAGGCAAUCAUCUUUGUAGUGUUACAGAUAUCAAAUACUGUAUUCCUGCCAAUCACAAAAUUACAAUUAUUUAAAAUUUAUAUUGAUCAGUAUAAAAAAAUAAGAUAACUGGAAGAGUGUUUGAAAAAAUAGCCAAAGGCCAAAAGUUUUCUACCAAUUUGGGCAGCUCUGUGUAUGUUCUGGCAGGUGAUUAGUCGGAGAUAAAAGCAUUUACUAAGUUGUGCAUAUAGUUUUAAUCUUAGUAUGUUUGACUACCACUUUGUAAAAUGGACAAGUAAUUGUAACUUAUAAUUUAGCCGAUUAAAUUUAAUCUUCUGCUGUAAGUCAAAUGUAAAGACAUUAUAUGGCCAAAAGUUGUCCACCUGACCGUUACCCCAAACAGCUGCCAAGUUAGAAGCAAGUGAUUGUAGAAAAUGUCUAUGUAUGCUGUAGCAUUACUAUUUUCCUUCUCUGUAACAAGGGAUCCAUUUACGAUCCAGCAUAACAAAGCCCCUGUGCACAAAGCAAUCUCAAUGCGGAUAUGGUGUCCAAGGUUGUAGUGGAAGAACCUCCACCCCACCACUGGAAUAAACUGGAACACUGGCUGCACCUCAUGCAUCCUCACCUAUCAUCUGUGCCUAGCCUCACUUAAACUCUUAUAGAUGAUUGAACACAGCCAAUCUAGCUAAAAACCUCUCCAGAAGAGUGGGGUUAUAUAACAGCAAAGAAGGAAUACAUCUCAAAUUGGAUGUUCAACAAGCAAAUAUUGGUGGAAAAAGCAGGCUGCCUGUAGAUGCUGCUGUUGAGAGUGUCGCAGCAGAUCUGGGAGGUGUGUGUUUGUGGGGGAGUGCAUAGUGAAUCAGUGUGUGUGUGUGCGUGCGCGCUCGCGUGCAAGUGUGUAUCCAUCUCGACCCUCACAGCUUCCAACCUGAAUCCUAGCAGAGGAGGGGAAAAUGGACGGAGUGGGGUCUUUCGGCGCUGGAAGAGCUGGGGCUGAAUUCGACCCCAUCUCUUUUCUACAACAGCCGCAGACGAUUCUUAGGAUAUUGGCAUGGAUUUUUGCAAUGGUGGUAUUUGGCUCCAUAAUAAACGAAGGCUAUGUUAACAUCGGAAGUGAGACUCUCCAUUGUGUUUUCAACAAGAACAAUGAUGCGUGCAAUUAUGGUGUCACCAUUGGGCUCAUAGCCUUUUUGGCUAGCAUCUUCUUCUUUGUUCUUGAAAUGAAGUUCCAACAAAUCAGCAGUGUUAAAGACAGAAAGAAGGCCGUCUUGAUGGAGAUUGGAUUUUCAGGUUUAUGGACAUUCUUGUGGUUCGUUGGAUUCUGUUUCUUGACAAACCAAUGGCAGCGUACCACACCUGACAUGCUGCCACUGAACCAGGGAGCUGAUGCAGCCAGAGCUGCCAUAGCAUUCUCCUUCUUUUCCAUCUUCACCUGGGCUGGUUUGACUGCAAGGGCGGUACAGAAGUAUCUUCUGGGGACAGACAUGUCCCUCUUCACCACCGAACAUCUGGAUGGCAACCAACCUAUCCAGCCAUUGCCCAUUGUGCCUGGCACAGAGACCACCGAUGCAUACCAGAGUCCACCUUUCACUGAGAAACCGGACUCCAAUGCCCCGACUUACCAGGUGCCAAUUUACUAGCGCAUGCAAUGUAUAUGAUCUGUCAAAGGUAGUAUGAAUGCAGGAAGAGGCCCUGGGCUUUCUUUAAGCUGGCGUGGUGUGACAGUGUUCAUAGGUAGUGCUGUGCUGUGACCUUCUGUACAAGAGUUUGUCGAUUGUGACUUUUUAAUUUUAAUUUAAUUUGGGUCUGUACGGAUAGUUAUACACUAACUUAUUAGGUUGAAUUGGAGGGGAAAUGAAAAUAAGAUCUCUUUUCUAUAUGAAAGGAUCUAUUGUGGUUCUUCUGGGUCACCAAAACAAGGAAAAGUCAGCUCCGUUUUAAGGAAAAAAUGGGGAAGUACUUAAAAAGCAGUGCAAGAUUAAAAUGUUGGUGCUGUUUCACCUUAGAGGAAGAAAAAUAUGCAUGUGCAACAUAUUCAAAAAGUGUUUAAAUCAUCAUGGAUUAAAGAGAAUAACUUUACAUAAA